AUGGGGAAGAUCCUGAUUGAAAUCUGUUUGAUAUCAGCUCGAGGACUCCGAGCCGGAAACGGAAUCGGAUCCUCUCUGUUAAAACACCAAUGGUACGCCGUUGGGUGGAUUGAUCCAGAAGACAAGUACUGCACCACAAUCGAUGCUUCAAGAUCAGACAAUCCUCUCUGGAGAACAAAGUUUGCCACUUUACUCGACGAUGAUGAUUCGGGGACUCAGGAUUCCAAAUCGGCAUUGCACGUCGAGGUUUACAGCAGAGAAGCCAUCUUCUUAAGGAAGAAGCUUCAUGGCUCUGCUACUGUCUCCUUGAAAGAGUUUCUGGCUAAGUAUAAGAAACAGAGCUCUUCGAAGUCUGCAAUUGAAGAAACCGGAAGCUAUCAGCUUAGGAAGUCGAACUCAAGCAAGCCUCAAGGUUUUGUCGAUGUCUCGAUCCGUAUAUCUGCAGAAAGAGAGGAUCUUGGGAGUUUCACUGGAGAUAUUGGAGGAGUCAUGCUCUCGAACAACUCAGAUUAUGACACUUCAGGACUAAAUUACAUGGCUGGUUCGUCGCAGCAUCCAUUUGCUCCAAUGAACCAGUCGAACAAUUCAAACCCAUUCUCGGUUCCGCCGUAUAACCACCACUCUGCAAUGCCUAAACCUCCAGUGAACAACACCAACCCUCAAAUGCAACAACCUUACUCUAACAACACCAACCCACAAAUGCAACAACCUUACUAUCCUCCACCAAUGCAGCCGCCACCACCACCUUCGAACGCAGGCUACAUGCCUACAUACAUCCCGAGAUCAGAGAACGCUGUGAACAUUGCAUCAACAUCAUCUGGAGGAGCAGCGGGAGGAGGAUAUGCAAGGCCUGGACCAGGGUUUGGUGCAAUGGGAGCUGGUGCAGUAGUUGGAGCUGCUGCAGCUUAUUAUGGCGGCGAGUUUUUGUCAGGAGGAUUCGACUUACCUUCGAGCUUACCUCUUCCAAAUGUCUCCAUUCCAAAUGUCUCCAUUUCCAUUGAUCCUCCAUUCUGA